CCCCGAAGCCUGAUGCAGAAAGUCAGUAAGACCGUGGUCCUGGCGCUGCUCUCUCUGAGCAGCCUCGUUUUCCUCCUCUUCCAGCUGUACUAUUACAAGUCCUACCUGUCUCAGAAGAAUGGAGCCAUUUUUUCCAAAGUCGGAGGAAGCCAGUCAGGCUCAGACAGAACCAGAUGGCACGUGGUUAGGAUGUUCCUAGGCUUAAUAUCAAGUCACAAUAUACCAGUGUAUUUGAUUGAUCCUUUGAUUCUGGGACUGGUUGAUAAAGACAUUGAGCAGAUCAGAAGUUCUCCUGAUGGCCCCAGUCCAGACUGCAAGUACUUUUGUGCAAAGAGAGACUUUACUACGUUUGCACUACUGGACAAAGCAUGGAAACAUGAAGGGGGCAUUUUUAAAGCUGCUGAGAGAAUGGGUUUUCAAUGGCUAAAGAUUCUAAACAAGGACCCCCGCUUGGAUGGGAUGGAUGACCUGUCUGGGAUUGAAAUUCCUUUGCACUACAUAUUUAAACUGGCAUCUCAUGCCAUUCACCUGGUGAUCUUCUAUGAGAGGAGCGGUAAUUAUCUCUGGCACGGCUCCCUGAGACUCAAGCAACACAUGGACAGGAAGUUUGUGCCUUUCCGGAAACUCCACUUUGGUCACUACCCUGGAGCAUAUGAAAAGCCAGAACUUCUGCUUGUUUCCAUUGAUGACUUGAAAGUUCAAAUUCCAAAAAAUCCGUCCCGUUUUCUAGAGGAGAUGUCACGCUCUAGAUUUCUUGAAUGUAGGUACAGAGAAGCUCGUGCUUUCUUUCAGCUGCACCCUGAUGAUGCCUCUCUUGCUGCAGUGGAGUUCAGAAAGAAAGCAAAGUCCUUGCUACAUCUGGCUGCCCGGACCCUGAAUAACUUAGGAGUACAGUUCUGGCUGAGCAGCGGGACAUGCCUUG